AUGGGUGCUGGGCCAGCGCAUAUGGUGGUCUAUGCCAGGAACAAGGCGAUGUUUGCAUGGGGCAACCAGAGUUGUGGACGUCUUGGUUUGCAGGAGAAGAAGAUGGAGAAGGUGAUCUACAAGCCCCGCUUGGUGCGGGCUGAGUGGGGUUCCAUUGAAGCCAUGAGUGGUGCGGAUGAUGAAGAGACUGCCGGAGGUGCGCAGUUUUUUUCUUGA